AGCCCUUGUUGGCAAAAUAAUCAAUGUAUUCUGCUGGCAGCCAUAACUUCACUUCUGUUGUUAUUCAUUAUUGGGUUUAGAAUCCAAAGUUACCUGUUUCUGUUAGGUGCCAAAAAAUAUUAUAAUAGUUAUUUCGUUUGUAAUUUCGCUGUCAUCAUGGGAUUUGAAACUUGUGGACCUAAUGAGGUGAUGGUGGUCUCAGGAUGUUGCCACCAGCGUUCAGUAUUUAUUCCUGGUGGUCGUGUGUUUGUCUGGCCAGGAAUACAGAAGCUACAACGACUAUCACUCAAUACAAUGACGCUGACCAUAGAAAGCUGUAAUGUAUACACCCAGCUAGGAGUAGCUAUCUCUGUCACUGGCAUUGCUCAGGUCAAAGUUCAGGGCACCAAUGAUAAACUACUUCAGGCUGCCUGUGAACUUUUCCUGGGUAAGUCAGAGAAGGAUAUAAGAAAAGUAGCCCAGGAAACUCUCGAGGGCCACCAAAGAGCCAUCAUGGGCAAUAUGACAGUGGAGGAAAUCUACAAAGAUCGUAAAAAGUUUUCCAAAGCUGUUUUUGAAGUGGCCUCAUCUGACCUGGUUAACAUGGGCAUCUAUGUGGUCAGUUACACUCUCAAGGAUAUUAGAGAUGAAGAGGGCUACCUGAUGUCCUUAGGUAAAAAAAGAACAGAAGAAGUGAAGCGUGAUGCACGCAUAGGUGAAGCAGAAGCCAGGCGAGAUGCUGGUAUUAAGGAAUCCAUAGCAGAAGAAAAGCGUAUGCAGGCUAGAUAUGUCAAUGACAUUGAAAUAGCUAAAUCCAGAAGAGAUUUUGAACUGAAACAAGCUGCAUAUGACAUGGAAGUGCAGACCAAGAAAGCUCAGGCCGACUUAGCAUACCAACUGCAGGCUGCCAAAACCAAACAAAGAAUUCGAGAAGAAAACAUGCAGGUGACUGUCAUUGAGAGGGCCCAACAAAUUCAGGUCCAGGAGCAGGAGAUUACCAGAAGAGAAAGAGAGUUGGAUGCUCAAGUUAAGAAGCCAGCUGAAGCUGAAAAGUUCAGACUUGAGAAAUUGGCUGAAGCCAACAGGAUGAGAAUUGUCAUGGAAGCUGAGGCUGAAGCUGAAGCUAUCAGGAUGAAAGGUGAAGCAGAAGCCUUUGCUAUUGAAGCUCGUGCCAAAGCUGAAGCUGAGCAAAUGGCCAAGAAGGCUGAUGCUUGGAAAGAUUAUCAAGAUGCUGCCAUGAUUGACAUGGUCCUGGAGACUCUCCCCAAGAUUGCUGCUGAAGUGGCUGCACCACUGACCAAUGCCAGGAAGAUAACCAUGGUUUCGAGUGGUAAAGGUGACAUUGGUGCCUUCAAACUGACCAAUGAGGUGAUGAGCAUUAUGGAGAAACUACCUAGUGUAGUUGAGAGCCUGACCGGGAUCAACAUUGCCAAGUCAAUGAAAUCAACUUCAAGAAAAUAGACUUACUUGGAUUGGAACUUGUCUACAAACAGAACAAACAACAGUAAUCUUCUUAUGGACUACAUAGGUCCCUACCUACCUACCUAUUGAACUAUUGGUUGUAAAAAUAUAGCCUACUCAUUUAUAUAUUCUUUAUGGCUCAAUAUGUCAUCAAACAAUUUCAUAAUAUAAAACUCUAUAUUGUGUUAGCUGUUACACACCAAUAGACUUUUUUUGACAUUUCGAUUCAAUGUAAAUAUGAAAAGAAAUAUAACAAUUGUACUCAUUAAGUAACUAAACAAAACAAUAUUUAUAUUUUUUUAAGUUUGUAUUUAUUGACUUUAUUUUUUUUACACCGUUUUUUGCAAUAUUGUAUAUUUUAUUGAAUUAGUAAAGUCUGGAUAUGUUUGGUAGUGAAUGUGCUUGUUUUUCUACAGGAAGAAAUGUAUUAAUCCAAUUUUAAAGUUUGAUGAAUUGUCUUAUGUUUAAAGUGUCUGUAUGAUUUUUUUCAUUGUUUUUAAUAUUUAAUUCCACAUGGAAUUUUUUAUUUUUAUGUUUAUACUUUUGUUUCAUGCUAUGUGAUAAAGUUAAUUUGAUUUGCAAGUAUAAUGUUUCAAGCCUUAUUAUGUGACUUAAUAUAUGAUUUAAUUAAAAAAAAACAAAAAUGAGGGAAAAAAAUUAAAACUAGCACACCACUUGUAUGACACCAACAAUAUUAUUUUCUAGUAAUUUGUUUUGUGGACAAAAAAGAUCAUGUUUAUUAAGAAAAACAAAUGUUUCUAUUAAAAGAAUCUAAGGCAGCUUUGUUCAUUAAAUACAUUUUGCAUUAAUCAUUUUUUAAUAGAUUUUUUUCAUUAUGUAAGCAAGUUGACAUGUUUUAAUUCAGAUGAAAUAUUCUAGGUUUUGACUGGUAUACAUUUUGUUUUUCUGAACUAAUUAUUUAAGACAACAGUAGCUUAUUUUUUGGGGGUCUAAAGAUGUGAUGAUUUUUUUCCUUUUUUUUUAUUCUCACACUAAUCAUUGAUUUCUUUAGUUGAAACAUAAUAAUCAACUAUUAUACAUACUAUAGUCAUAUAAAUAUUUUUGUAUUUAAUCAAAGAUCCUUGUCAUACCAUUUUAGCACUAUAUUCUCACUGCAUUUACAGUACCUAGUUCUGUGUUCAACACUUAAUGUUAGAUGUUAUGUAGUGCCAUUCAUGUGUAAUGAGAUUACUUUUAUGAACUGUUGCAGCAGCAAUGUGAAUGGAAAAACUUUGGCAGUGCUUCUCAAACUGCAAACUCCUCUCCUGAUAGUGCAUCAUGGUGCAUGUGUGGCAAAAGUCGCGCUGGCAAUUUUGAGAAGUACUGCAAUGAAAGACUAAGAGUGGAGGUUGUGGUGGCUAAAAGGGGUUGAUGUGGAGGCCACAUUUGUCUUGUAUUAAGUAUUAAUUGUGGAACCAACAUUUUAAUUUUCAUUAUGAUAUUAUUGUGUGUACUGUUUUGUUGAGUCUACUUGUGUUGAAUUUUCCUUCACAUUGCUAAGUAGAUGUAGAAUCAACUUCAUUUGUACAUAGCAGCUCAUUGUUGUAACAUUUUUUUAAAAUGCAUUACCUCCCUUUGUCAUUUUAUAUUUUUAAUUCAAUGUGUUUUCCCAAAAUAAAAUUAUGUUUUUUCAUUAA